AGUGGCGAAUCGCUUAUUGUUUGUUCGGCAAGUCCUGGAGGACCAGGGACAAUACCGGUACUUGUACUCGUACAGUACUACUGGUACACGGGUGCUGACUGUACCGGGCGUUGUUAGGAAACCAUAAUUACAUGGUACGAGGAGUACUAACUGUGUGCAACUGCACCGCGAGGCUGCUGCUGUGAGAUGCCGCAAGGGUUUGGGCAUAGUACUUCUAGAGUGAUGAUCUGGAGAGUUCACUAUUGGAAUACGACCAAAAUUCAUGGGCGGAUUUCAGACACCACCAUCACUACCAUGGCCAAUAUCUUUGAGCCAUGGAAACGCAAGGCAUCAUCUCAGAUUGCCGGCGGGAGCUAAAAACUAAUGAGUAUGGAACCAAUAUACCGGUAUAUGCCCUCAUGGAACGAUCUUCGAUCCAACCAACAUAACUCAGCAAAACGUCCUUGAACCACUGAACUACGGCAGUAUUUCUGCCUCCGCACAGAAAAUGCUGCUACCGGUACCCAUACGAAAGGAAAAGGCGCAAUUUUUCCUCCAUCACCACACUCUCCCAUUGCCCGGACCCUUCCCGAUCUCACGCUCGCUCACUCGACCCCGGUGAGCUAGGAAACUGGGAUAUUUCGGGUUACCGAAAACCGCACCAUGUACCGGUACCGCACUUCUCCAUGCGGUAGGCUAAACCCGUGGUUAAACCCCCAAGCGGAACGACCUGAUGCGUGCAUGGAUCCAUUCCCUUAUUGCACUGCAGGAGCACAACGGGCGUUUGAGGGCUCGAUGCUGCGGGAAAAUAAUUUUGGAGCCCGAAGACGCACCAAACCGCCACUUGAAAGCGCGGUAAACUCUACGGGUACUGUACGAGUACAAGGGAGAUGUAUAGACCAGGAACGCCACAAAUUACUAGUAUGUGCCGAUCUGGAAAUCAAGCUUUUUUAUUAUUAUCGUUUCGUGAGGAAACGAGUAAAAAGGCGUCAUCGAUAGAUCGAAUGGGUAUACGGUAGUGGAUUGAAGAGAAGAAAGGCAUUUGAUACUACCUUAACCGGUAAGGUCUCUUUUCUUUGUUGCUUUUUCUACUGAUCCUCUACGAAGCCUUGUGAGAGCAUGGAAAUUGCUUGUGUAGCAGGCUGUUUUUCUUCUUCUAAUUUUUAUUAUUUUAUUUUCCUAUAUGGGCUCUCCGAGUUUCAUAAAGAGGGAGAUUUUCUCCUUUGGUAGUUCAGAUCCAAUUCCAACUGGGACGGCACAACACGACCACCAAUUCGUCAAUCUGCAAUAAUCGAUCAUGGACACCAGACCCGCCCCUCUGUCCGGGGGCGAUAAAAGGACUUUUGAGCACGUUGGACAUGAGGUCACUCGACACGCGCUUUUUGACGAGGCGAACAAAUACGAUCACAACCAGACACUCAAGGAGGCGCUCAGAGAUGAGGGUGGAGUUUUGCUCUGGGCAGGUGUGAUGGGCGCUGCUGCAUUGAGUUGGGGAUUUGAUGUUCAAGUGGUAUGUGUUCCCUUUCUCCCUGUGAUUGAAAACAUUCCUGACAAUGAGAAUAUAGAACGGAGCAGCAAUCUCGGUAGAGGCCUUCAGAAGGGAUUUUGGAUAUAUGUACAAGGGGAAGGCAGUUCUUCCGGCUAAUUGGCAGACGAUAUUCAACGUCACCAGUACCGGUCGGUAUCCCUCUCUAUGCCAACGUAGUUGUUCAGUUCAUGUUGACGAGUGAAAAACGUCUAGUUGGUGCGUUCUUCGGGGGCCUGGCUAGCGGCUACAUCGCCGACAAAAUAGGUCGUAAAUGGUGUACUUGGAUGGGCUCAUGGAUUCUCUGCGCGGGGAUUGCCCUUGAGAUCGCUGCCACGACACGUCCAGUGUUCGCUGUUGCAAAGACAAUCCUAGGAGUCGCACUCGGGUUUUACUUGUCUAUGGCACCCGCGUAUUGCUCUGAGGUGCGAUACAAUACCCCUCUAGACCUUUUGUGAGUUGCAGCGCUGAUAGGCCAUAGGUCUCGCCCGUUGUCCUUCGCGGUAUCACCACUUGUGGCGUUUCGCUUGCUAUCGUUGUCGGCCAAUUGCUUUCAAAUGCCGUCAUCAAAGCCUUUGGGGAACGCCCUGAUAGAUGGGCCUAUAGAGGGCCUUUCUGUGUGCAGUUCUUCCUGCCCGUGGUGCUGAUUUUAGUUGUCCCUUUCGCGCCGGAAUCCCCAUGGCACUUAGUACGUAAGGAUAACAUUGAAGGAGCUCGCGUUUCUCUUAUUCGGCAUGUACACCUCUGGGAAAGUAAUUUUUGAUUUUUAAGUAACUCUGUGCUAACCCCCUCUGAAGCCUCCACGGGAAAGAACGUGACAUAGAACCCCGCCUCGCCCAGAUCCAGGAAACACUCCGCUUGGAGACCGAACUCUACUCAAACGCCACAUGGCUCGACUGCUUCAAGGGCGUUGACGCCCGUCGAACAAUGAUCACACUGGGGGCAUUCUGCUGCCAGCACCUUUCCGGCAUCAUAUUUGUUCUCGGCUACUCAACCUACUUCUUCCAGCUCGCCGGUCUCCCCACCUCCCAGACCUUCUCCCUCGGCGUCGGUGUCACUGCGUGCGGUGUAGCGGGCAACAUCUCUAGUUGGUGGCUCGUCAACACCGUCGGUCGCCGAAUUGUCACCUUCUACGGAAUGGUGGUAUUGACCGGCAUCCUCGUGCUCAUAGGCGUCUUUGACGUCAUUCCUACCACGGGGGCGCAGUGGGCGCAGAGUGCCUUCACGGUUAUCUACUCGUAUGUUUGGUUUCUGACAAUUGGAGCGAUGGGUUAUGUCAUUCUUGGAGAGGCAUCUUCCCCCAGGCUUAGGAGUAGGACUAUUGGUCUUACGACUGUGGUGCAGAGUCUUUGGGGAUUGAUUAUGAAUUUCGCUCUUCCAUACUUUGUAUUUCCCCAUAUUCUGGAAGUUUCUUGCGGAAGCGCUGAUUGGGAUGGUGUUUAGGUAAAUCCAGAUGAAGCGAACCUUCGCGGUAAGGUCGGAUUCAUCUUUGGCGGCACUAGCCUGCUCGCUACGAUUUGGGUCUUCUUCUGCGUACCGGAGUUUAAGGGACUUACCUUCUCGGAGAUUGACGAGAGGUUUAAGAUGAGAGUUCCUGCUAGAAAGUUUCAGGAGUACAAGGGCCAGCCAGGGUCUGAGGGCUAAAGGGGUUUGUCUUUAUUUUGCCUUGUCAGCCUUUGAAGGGAUGGGGUUAUAUGAAGGGACGUAAAUAAUGUUCAGAUAAAGUUAUGAGAUCAAUGCAGUGUUAGCGGAUCAUACAAUAUAUCAAUUUAAAUGUUGUGG